UUGGAGGCAACGGCAAUGCUAGAACGACUGGACGUGUAUGCGGCGCUGGAGCUGAGCAGAGGAUGCUCGGAAGAGGAUGUGAGGAGGACUUACAGGAAGCUUGCGCUUAAGACCCAUCCGGAUAAGGAGAAGGGGACUGAGAGUGAGUUCCUAGCUAUUGGGUUUGCUUAUCGGGUGCUCAGUGAUCGCAAGUUGAGAGCACUUUAUGACAGAAGGGAUAUGGAUUUUUCAGCAUCAAAGGCAGACCUGAUAGAAAGCUUUGACAUCAAUGAAGCUCUGAGGAUCUUCGACCAGUUCUUUGGAACCUCCAACCCUUUCGCUGCAGUCUCUGAAGGAGUUGAGUCGCUCUUUGAUUCGGAAGCGGAUAAACGCAAACCCAAGCCCAGUCCGAAUAAAGAAAUCGACUUGUCCUGCACAUUAGAAGAAAUCUAUAACUCAGCCUCAAAGAGCAUUGAUGUUCCAAAACAGCGGAUAAACUCCGAAGGGCAGGUGGAGAAUUACACCAGAACGUACAGAAUCCAAGCGGAGCCGAGCUGGAUCUCAGGGACGAAGCUCAAGUACGACAAGGAACCCGAUGACCUCACAGGGGACGUGAUAUUUACGGUCCAGAUCGAGCCUCACCCGGUCUUUGAGAUAGAGAGAUUCUCUCUAAAGAUGAAGCAGGAAGUGUCUCUGUGUGAUUCAUUAACAGGGUUUGUUAUACCCAUAAACAUGCCGGAUGGAAGAAAGCUCAAUGUUUCUGUGGAAGAGGUCAUCGAUCCAAGCUAUAGCAAGAUCAUUAAGGGCGAAGGUCUUCUAGACAAGGAGAGAAAUACAAGAGGAGAUCUUAUCAUCACCUUUCACAUUAAUUUCCCUAAAAAGCUCUUACCAAUUCAAAGAAAUCUUCUGCAUUUAGCGCUACGUCUUCCUCAAGACCUCACGAACGCAAAUAACAUUCAGACAAGACUCCUUGAAACAGCAAUGAGAUUGCCUCCAAAUUUGGCGGAGACAGAGAGACAGAAGGUUGAAGCUGUAAAUAAUCUCCUCGUCAAGCGCGACGAUCAGCCUCCGCCUGAGUGACAGGCGCAGUCUACUACUUAGUGCUGGUCUAGUGCUGGUCAAUCGAUGGCUUCCGCCCUCCUCCCUCCGAACUGAUUUACUAAGUGAACUCAAAGCUUAAAUCGC